GACUUCAGGCUCCUUUGCUAGUUCGUCAUCCAGAAACUGGAGACUUAUUGAUCAACUUUGACCCAAUGAUAUACCAAGUUAUCAGAGAAACAGACUGCCUUAUGAAAUUAGGAUUAGAUGUCCCAGAGACAGCAAAAAUAAUCAAACUUAGUGAAGAUAUAUUAAAGAGUACCUACGACAAAUUAAGGAUGGUUCUGGACGAAAAUAGUAAAUUACGAGACAGUGUCUUACCAAUCUUCAUGCCUUUAAUGACUAAUUUUAUCAAGAGAAUUGACAUAGCAUUGAAUCCAGCUUUAACAUUACUGUCAUGGACUUCAUUAAAUUUAGAUUCAUACUUCGCAAAUGUGCAGUCCGCUAUGAGAGAAUUGUCUUUACUUAAUAAACGUGUGAAUGAUAUUCGAGAAACUCGUAUUGAUUCUGUUCUCAAAGAAAUGAGUCAAACUAUGUUAUGUGAGUUACCUGAAGAUAAUCCUUGGACUAUUAAUGAAUGGUUAAAGACAUUCCAAUCACACACAGAAAGUUGUGCUAAGACUCUUGAUGCUAUGAGUAAGAAGAUAGAAGAAGCUGUUGAUGAAUUAAUUGAGUUGUUUCUGUCAGUCAGGCUUCAACAUACUGCUGUCUCUAAAACCAAAGAUGUUAGUUGUGAUGUAAUUCCCAAUGAAGAAGAACUUGAGUCAGAAGAUGAUACAAGUUCUAAUGUUGAAUUAGCAUCUGCUAUGUCUUUAACUGCUGAAGAAGAACAGCUCCUCCAAGAAGAAUGUCAGGAGCUUGUUAUGCAUUUCAAUCACAAAAAUUUGGAAGCAUUAUUAAAGGCCUCAAAAGGAAGCCUGGACAUCAUAAAAAAGAGGGUUUACUGUACCAGUGCUGUCAGUCGACGAACUACUAUGGGUUAUAGUGCUCCACCAAGAAAAGAAGUGAAGGGCAAUGCACUUUUUAAAGCUGAUAUAAAAUUAUGUAUUCCCAAUGUGGUCAUGCAACCCAGCCUUGAUGACAUACAGUUAGCAUUGAAUAAGGCGGCAGCGUUUGUUGUUGAAGUCAAUCGUGGUGUUGCCCAAUGGGGACAGAAUCGCUAUAAAGAUCCUGAAGUAGUCAUCAGAUUAUCAGAUCAGCAUACUACUAGAAAGGAUAACAUACCAAUUGAGGAUUCUUAUGAUGGAUUGGAACCUAUAGCACCACAGAAGCUGAACAAUUACUACAAGAGUAUUGCUGACCAUAAAGAUAUCAAUAAACUAGUCAUGAUGUUAUCAUCUGCUAUGAACUCCAUUCGACAAGAAGCUGGGGAAGCACUAAAGCAAUACAAUGAAUAUAAAUUCCUAUGGGAAGAAGAUAGAGAUCAAACUGUUAAGGAUUUUCUGACAACGGAACCUAUUCUAUCAGAUUGGAAAGCUGAAAUUAUGCGUUUUCAAAACCUAGAACAAGACAUUGAAGAAUUGAAACCUUCUGUGAGAGUUGGUGCUAUUGAAAUGUUUGCUGAGAAACAGGAAGCCUAUUCUAUGCUGAAUAAAUUUCAAGUAAAUGUCGCCAAGGAAGAAAUUGAUAGAGUGGACACUGUUCGCUAUUCAUUUAUUAAGUUGUCAUCUAGGGCUUGUACUGUACAGAGUGAAUUACUUGAAAUUCAACCUAAGUUUAAAACUGAGUUGUUGAAUUCUGUAGAGGUUUUCCAUACCAGUGUUGAUGAAUUUACAGUGUCAUAUGAAGAGGGUGGUCCUAUGUGUGAUGGCAUAACACCUCAAGAAGCAAGUGUUAGGCUUUCAGUCUAUCAGAGUCAUUUUGAUGAACUAUGGAGAAAGUAUUCCACUUACUCAGCUGGUGAAACACUGUUUGGAUUAUCAGAAACAGACUAUCCUUUCCUGAGUAAAACCAAGAAAGAACUCAACUUGUUACAAAAACUCUAUGGUUUGUACAAUGCUGUGAUUGAUGGCAUCAAUAGCUAUUCUGAUAUCUUAUGGAGUGAGGUUGAUAUUGAGAAGAUAAACAACGAGCUUCUGGACUUUCAAAACAGAUGCCGUAAACUUCCUAAAGCAAUGAAGGAAUGGGAUGCAUUCUUGGAUUUGAAGAAAAAGAUUGAUGACUUCAAUGAGACUUGUCCUUUAUUAGAAUCAAUGGCAAAUAAAUCAAUGAAAGACAGACAUUGGGAUAGAAUAACAGGAUUAACUGGUUAUACCUUUGAUAUUCAUUCUGAAACAUUUGCUUUGAAAGAUAUCAUGGAGGCACCAUUGCUUGCACAUAAAGAAGAUAUUGAGGACAUAUGUAUUUCUGCUGUGAAAGAAAAAGAUAUUGAAGCUAAGUUGUCACAAGUUAUUGCUGAGUGGAAUGCUCACAGUUUAUCAUUUUCAUCAUUCAAAACCCGUGGUGAAUUGCUGCUGAAAGGUGCAGAGACUGCUGAGAUUGUGGCUCUCAUGGAAGACAGUUUAAUGGUCUUAAGUUCUCUACUUAGUAAUAGUGAUAUAUUCUGCUGUAUCCCACCAAUACAUUCUGCUGCAACACUAGUGAUAUAUUCUGCUGUUCGUCUGCAUAUCAAAUCAUCCAAUGAUUUUGAAUGGCUAAAACAAGCAAGAUUCUACUUCAGAGAGGAAACAGAUCACUGCAUUGUGUCUAUCACAGAUGUAGAUUUCAUUUAUCAAAAUGAGUUCUUGGGAUGUACAGAUCGUUUGGUAAUCACACCAUUGACAGACAGAUGUUACAUCACUCUUGCUCAGGCAUUAGGUAUGAGUAUGGGUGGAGCCCCAGCUGGACCUGCAGGUACUGGUAAAACAGAGACCACUAAAGACAUGGGUAAAGCACUUGGCAAAUAUGUUGUUGUAUUCAAUUGUUCUGAUCAGAUGGAUUUCCGUGGUCUAGGACGUAUCUAUAAGGGCCUUGCACAGUCUGGAAGUUGGGGCUGUUUUGAUGAAUUUAACCGUAUUGAACUGCCUGUAUUAUCUGUGGCUGCUCAACAGAUUGCAAUUGUCCUAACUGCUAGGAAGGAAAGAAAGUCAGAAUUUAUAUUCACAGAUGGUGAUGUUGUUGAUAUUAAUCCAGAAUUUGGUCUUUUUAUUACUAUGAAUCCUGGUUAUGCUGGUCGUCAGGAACUUCCAGAAAACUUGAAGAUUCAGUUCCGUAGUGUUUCUAUGAUGGUUCCUGAUAGACAAAUCAUAAUGCGAGUAAAACUAGCUAGUUGUGGUUUUCAAGAGAAUGUCCUCUUAGCUCAGAAAUUCUAUACUCUAUACAAACUGUGUGAAGAACAAUUGACAAAACAGGUUCAUUAUGAUUUUGGUCUGAGAAACAUCUUAUCUGUGCUACGUACACUGGGAGCUAAUAAACGUGCAAGGCCUGAAGAUACUGAAUCAACCAUUGUGAUGAGAGUCUUAAGAGAUAUGAAUUUAUCAAAGUUGGUGGAUGAAGAUGAACCUCUAUUCUUAAGUCUUAUUAGUGAUUUGUUCCCUGGAAUUCAGCUUGAUAGUGCUACUUAUGAAGAUUUGCAAACUGCUAUAACACAUCAAGUUGAGGAAGCUGGGCUGGUCAAUCAUCCUGCUUGGAAUCUAAAACUUGUACAGUUGUUUGAAACACAACGUGUACGCCAUGGUAUGAUGACUUUAGGACCAAGUGGAGCUGGUAAAUCCUGUUGUAUACGGGUACUAAUGAAAUGUAUGGGGGAUUGUGGUGAGCCUCAUAGAGAGAUGAGAAUGAACCCUAAAGCUAUUACUGCACCACAGAUGUUUGGUAGGUUAGAUGUUGCUACCAAUGAUUGGACUGAUGGAAUCUUCUCAACUCUGUGGAGAAAGACUCUCAAGGCCAAAAAAGGAGAGCAUAUCUGGUUAGUACUUGAUGGACCAGUAGAUGCUAUCUGGAUUGAGAAUCUGAACAGUGUACUUGAUGAUAACAAAACUCUGACAUUGGCUAAUGGAGAUCGUAUACCAAUGGCACCAAACUGCAAGAUUGUUUUUGAAGUACAUAAUAUUGAUAACGCCUCUCCAGCUACUGUAUCACGUAAUGGUAUGGUUUUUAUGAGCGCUUCUGUAUUAGAUUGGCGACCAAUCUUGAAGGGCUGGUUGAAUAGUCGUCCACCUCAAGAAGCCGAUGUUUUACAAACUCAAUAUAACAAGAUAUUUGAUGAUCUCUAUACUUUUAUGAGUAUUAACCUACAUGCUAAAAUGGCUCUUCUAGAAUGUAACUACAUUAGACAGUCUUUAGACUUGCUACAAGGACUGAUUCCAAGCAAAGAUGAAGCUGGAAUACUAUCUGCCAAUCAUUUGGAGAAACUGUUCAUCUUUGCUUUGAUGUGGAGUCUUGGUGCACUGUUAGAACUGGAAGACAGGGCUAAGAUGGAAAAUUUUAUUGUAAAUCAUGAAAGUGUUCUAGAUUUACCUAAAAUUGAUCCAGGCAGUGGGCACACUAUAUUUGAAUUUGUUGUCAACAGCAAAGGUCAGUGGGAACAUUGGACUGACAGAGUAGAAGAGUAUAUUUACCCAUCUGAUUCAGUUCCUGAAUAUUCCAGUAUAUUAGUUCCUAAUGUAGACAAUGUCAGAAGCAACUUUCUAAUCGACACAAUUUCAAAGCAAAAGAAGGCCGUCUUAUUAAUUGGUGAACAAGGUACCGCUAAGACUGUUAUGAUAAAAGGCUUUAUGGCUAAGUAUGAUCCUGAUUCACAUAUCAGCAAGAGUCUAAAUUUCUCAUCAGCUACUGUGCCAAUGAUGUUUCAGCGCACCAUAGAAAGUUAUGUAGAUAAACGUAUGGGAAGUACAUAUGGUCCACCAGCUGGAAGAAAGAUGACAGUAUUCAUUGAUGAUGUUAAUAUGCCAAUUGUUAAUGAAUGGGGUGACCAGGUAACUAAUGAGAUUGUGCGUCAAAUGAUGGAAAUGGCUGGUAUGUAUAGUCUUGAUAAACCUGGUGAUUUUACCAAUAUAGUAGAUAUACAGUUCUUGGCUGCUAUGAUACAUCCUGGUGGAGGUAGAAAUGAUAUUCCUGAGCGACUCAAAAGACAAUUCUGUGUUUUCAACUGCACCCUACCAUCCAACGCUUCUAUUGACAAAAUAUUUGGUAUUAUUGGAUGUGGUUACUUCUGCUCAUCUCGCUUUUCUGAUGAAGUUGUCAAACUGACAGAUAAAUUGGUUGGUGCAACAAGAUGUUUAUGGCAAGCAACCAAGAUUAAAAUGUUACCAACUCCUGCUAAAUUCCAUUACAUCUUCAACUUGCGAGAUUUAUCACGUAUUUGGCAAGGUAUGCUUGUAGUAAAAGGAGAAGAGUGUGAUACUUCUAGUCUUCAACUCCAACUAUGGAAGAAUGAAUGUACCAGGGUUAUUGCAGACAGGUUUACCAAUGCUGAAGAUAGGGACUGGUUUGAGAAUGCUAUAACAAAGACAGUCAGAGAUCAGCUUGGUGAAGACUAUGUUAAAUAUGUGAAAGACGUGGAACCAUACUUUGUAGAUUUCUUACGAGAUCCACCUGAACCAACUGGUGAUGAACCAGACGAUGCUGAUCUGGAAGCACCUAAGAUUUAUGAAGUGAUACCAUCUUAUGAAUUUUUAGCAGAAAAGUUGCAGUUAUACAUGCAGAUGUAUAAUGAUACUGUCAGAGGUGCUCAUAUGGAUUUAGUAUUUUUCAAAGAUGCUAUGGUGCAUCUUGUUAAGAUAUCUCGUAUAAUUCGCACGCCUCGUGGUAAUGCUCUGUUAGUUGGUGUUGGUGGUUCUGGGAAACAGUCAUUAACAAGAUUAGCUUCUUUCAUUGCUGGAUAUAAAAUAUUUCAAAUCACUCUUACCAGGUCAUACAAUAUAAGUAAUCUGAUGGAUGACCUGAAAUUUUUGUAUCGUGUGGCUGGUGCUGAAGGAAACGGAAUCACCUUUGUCUUUACUGACAAUGAAAUCAAGGAUGAAGCUUUCUUAGAAUAUCUAAACAAUGUUCUCUCAUCAGGAGAGGUUUCAAAUUUAUUUGCACGUGAUGAGUUGGAUGAAAUAACUCAAGAAUUAAUACCAGUUAUGAAGAAAGAAUUUCCAAGGCGACCUCCAACUCAAGAUAAUUUGUAUGAUUACUUUAUUUCCAGAGCCACAAGUAAUCUGCACACAGUACUUUGCUUUUCACCAGUUGGUGAAAAAUUUCGUAAUCGGUCUUUGAAAUUUCCUGGCUUGAUUUCUGGGUGUACAAUGGAUUGGUUCAGUAAAUGGCCAAAAGACGCUUUAGUAGCCGUGUCCAACCAUUUCCUGUCCAAGUUCCACAUCACAUGUCCUGAUGAAACCAAGAAGCAAGUCAUACAAUCAAUGGGUGUUUUCCAUGAUGGUGUUGCUGAUACUUGCACUGAAUAUUUCCAAAGAUAUCGUCGCCAAACUCAUGUGACUCCCAAGUCUUACUUGUCAUUCAUUGAUGGUUAUAUGGUGAUCUAUAAACAGCAACAUGACAACAUCAAUGAGUUGGCUAGACGUAUGAAUACUGGAUUAGAUAAAUUGUUGGAAGCUACUCAAUCAGUUAGUGAAUUGGCUAAGGAACUAGUUGUUAAAGAAAAAGACUUGGCUGUGGCUUCUGUGAAAGCUGAUAAGACUCUCAAACCAGCUCACAUUUCAACUGUUAGAAAACUUGCUAAGCCACCACAUUUAAUCAUGCGUAUUAUGGACUGUGUGUUAUUACUGUUCCAACAAAGGCUUGGCCCUGUGGUUUCUGAUGCAGACAGACCAGGUCAUAUCAAACCAUCGUGGGGUGAUUCACUUAAGCUAAUGAGUGGUGGUGGAUUUCUUCAGAAUUUAAUGACAUAUCCAAAAGACUCUAUAAAUGCAGAGAUGGUGGAAUUGCUACAACCAUAUCUUGAUGCUGAAGAUUAUAAUCUAGCAUCAGCUAAGAAAGUUUGUGGUGAUGUUGCAGGUUUAUGUAGCUGGACACAAGCUAUGUCUUUUUUUUAUGGUAUAAAUAAAGAAGUACUGCCAUUAAAGGCUAAUUUGGCAAUACAGGAAGGGCGAUUGAAUAUAGCUAUGGCAGAAUUGGGUGCAGCACAGGCAACUCUAGAUGCUAAACAAGCAGAGCUGGAUGAAGUACAGGCUAAAUUUGAUGCUGCAAUGUCAGAAAAACAGGAACUGCUUGACAGUGCUGAAAGCUGUAGAAAUAAGAUGGAAGCAGCCUCAGCUCUUAUUAGUGGUUUAGGUGGUGAGAAGAUCAGAUGGACCCAACAGAGUAAAGAAUUUAAAGCACAAAUUGAUAGGCUGGUUGGUGAUGUUUUAUUAGCUACUGGAUUUUUAUCAUAUUCUGGGCCAUUCAACCAAGUGUUCAGACAGUUACUGCAAGACAAUUGGCAGAUGGAACUUAAUAACAGGCGCAUACCAUACACUGAGAAUUUAAACAUCACUGCAAUGUUAGUGGAUGCACCAACUAUUGGAGAAUGGAAUCUACAAGGUUUGCCAAAUGAUGAUCUGUCUGUUCAAAAUGGUAUCAUUGUCACCAAAGCCACCAGGUUUCCUCUAUUGAUCGACCCACAAGGACAGGGUAAAACAUGGAUCAAAAACAAAGAAAGCAAAAAUGGGCUACAGAUAACAUCACUGAAUCAUAAGUAUUUCCGUAAUCAUCUGGAAGAUGGUUUGUCAUUAGGAAGUCCAUUAUUAAUAGAAGAUGUUGCAGAAGAAUUAGAUCCUGCUUUAGAUAAUGUACUUGAGAAGAAUUUUAUUAAAUCUGGUUCUACAUAUAAGGUCAAAGUUGGUGACAAGGAAUGUGAUAUUUCUGCUCGUACAUCCAUCAUUGACUUCACUGUAACAUUGAAAGGAUUGGAAGAUCAAUUGCUUGGUCGCGUAAUUCAAACUGAGAAGCAGGAACUUGAAUCUGAAAGAGUUAAACUUAUGAAGGAUGUGACAGCUAAUAAAAGGAAGAUGCAAGAAUUAGAAGAUAAUCUAUUAUACAGACUUACAAGCACUCAGGGUUCUUUAGUAGAAGAUGUAUCUCUAAUCUCAGUGUUAGCAACAACCAAAGAAACAGCUGAAGAAGUAACUGAAAAGCUAGUAGUAGCAGCAGACACCGAGAUUAAAAUUAAUGAAGCCAGGGAAGAAUUUAGACCAGUGGCGACUCGUGGAAGUAUAUUGUAUUUCUUGAUUACUGAGAUGAGCAUGGUUAAUGUAAUGUAUCAGACAUCCCUCAAACAAUUCCUUGGUAUUUUUGACAUUUCUAUGGCAAGGUCUGAAAAGUCACCAAUACCAGCCAAAAGAAUGCAGAAUAUCAUAGAUUUUCUGACUUAUGAAGUGUUCAAAUACUCUUGUCGUGGUUUAUACGAGACACACAAGUUUCUUUUCACACUCUUAGUAACUUUGAAGAUUGAUGUGCAGAAUUCUUUUGUAAAACACGAAGAAUUCCAAGUGCUGAUUAAAGGUGGUGCUGCCUUAGAUCUUAGAGCAUGUCCACCAAAACCAUGUAAAUGGAUUAUGGAUAUGGUAUGGUUGAAUCUUGUGCAACUUAGUAAAUUACCCCAGUUUGGAGAUAUUCUUGGUCAGAUUCAACGAAAUGAGAAAACCUGGAAAGUGUGGUUUGAUACGGAUGCACCUGAAGAAGAGAUUAUACCAGAUGGUUAUAAUAGCUCCUUGGAUACAUUCAGAAAAUUACUGUUGGUCAGAUCAUGGUGUCCUGAUAGAACUAUGCCUCAAGCCAGGAAAUACAUUGCAGAUUCCAUGGGUGCCAAGUAUGCAGAUCCUGUGAUCUUAGAUUUAGAGAAAACAUGGGAAGAAGGCGACAUCCGCACUCCAUUAAUAUGUUUUCUGUCUAUGGGUAGUGAUCCUACUAACAAUAUUGAAGGAUUAGCAAAAAAAUUAAAAGUUGAAUGUCGUGCCAUUUCUAUGGGACAAGGACAAGAAGUCCAUGCCAGAAGACUGGUUUCACAGUCAAUGGCUGGUGGUGGCUGGGUUCUUCUGCAGAAUUGUCAUUUAGGUUUAGACUUCAUGGAUGAAUUGCUGGAAACUGUGCUCACUCAUGAACCAGUCCAUGAAUCAUUCCGUGUGUGGAUCACAACUGAGGCUCAUCCACAGUUUCCCAUUAGUUUAUUACAGACAUCUAUCAAAUUUACUAAUGAACCUCCUCAAGGAGUGAAAGCAGGUUUGAAGAGAACAUUUGCUGGAAUAACUCAAGAUCAACUGGACAUAAAUAGUCAGCCUCAGUGGAAACCCAUGCUAUAUGCAGUGGCCUUUUUACACACUACUGUCCAGGAAAGACGUAUGUUUGGUCCAUUGGGUUGGAAUAUUCCGUAUGAAUUUAACCAAGCUGAUUUAACAGCCAGUAUUCAGUUUAUUCAAAACCAUCUUGAUGACAUUGAUCCCAAGAAGGGUGUAUCCUGGAAUACCGUACGUUAUAUGCUAGGUGAAGUACAAUAUGGUGGAAGAGUUACUGAUGAUUAUGACAAAAGAUUACUCAAUACCUUUGCUAAGGUUUGGUUUUGUGAUCACAUGUUCCAUGACAGUUUCUGUUUCUAUACUGGUUAUAAAAUACCACAGUGUAAAACAGUCGGGGAGUAUAUGGAAUUUAUUGCAUGUCUGCCUUUGGUUGAUACGCCUGAAGUAUUUGGACUUCACACUAAUGCUGAUAUUACUUAUCAAAGUAAUACAGCAAAAGAGAUUAUGGAUACUAUUGUCAAUAUUCAACCCAAGGAAAGUGGUGGUGGAGGGGGUGAAACUAGGGAAACUAUUGUAUACAGACAAGCAGAUGAUAUGUUGGCUAAACUACCACCAGAUUAUCUGCCCCAUGAGGUAAAAGGCCGUUUGCAAAAGAUGGGAGCCCUGAGUUCAAUGAAUAUUUUUCUCCGCCAGGAGCUUGAUCGGAUGCAGCGUGUAAUUUCACUUGUUCGGCAGACUCUGUCAGAUCUGAAAUUAGCAAUUGAAGGAACCAUUAUCAUGAGUGAGAAUCUGCGGGAUGCUUUAGAUAAUAUGUAUGAUGCCAGAAUUCCAGCGUUAUGGAGAAAGAUAUCUUGGCAGUCUUCUACUCUAGGAUUCUGGUUUACAGAAUUAAUAGAACGUAAUACACAGUUUUCAAGUUGGAUAUUUGAAACAAGGCCUAAUGCUUUCUGGAUGACUGGAUUCUUCAAUCCUCAAGGUUUCCUAACUGCCAUGCGUCAGGAAGUGACAAGAGCACACAAAGGCUGGGCAUUGGAUUCUGUCACAUUACACAAUGAAGUUAUUAGAUCAUACAAAGAAGAUAUCUCUUCACCACCACAGGAGGGUGUAUAUGUUUAUGGUUUAUACUUAGAUGGUGCAGCAUGGGAUAGGCGUGGAUGUAAACUGAUAGAAUCCACACCCAAAGUAUUAUUCACCAUGUUAACAGUAGUACAUGUGUUUGCUAUUAACUCUACUGCUCCUAAAGAUCCUCGUCUUUAUCAAUGUCCAGUUUAUAAGAAACCAGGACGUACUGAUUUAACCUAUAUUACACCACUCUGGUUAAAAACUCAACAAAGUCCUGAUCAUUGGUGUCUCAGAGGUGUUGCUUUGUUGUGCGACAUCAAAUAA